CCCGCCGAGCAUCAACAGCAGGUGACAGACGCGGCUAACCUGCUAGCUGAAGCGAUCCAGCCCGGUGCAAGCAUGGUGGCAAGGCGAACAAUGACCCUAGACAGGUUCGUGCCUGGUGCCCGGCCGACCAACCAGCCCCCGCCUACCCAGGGUCGGGGUCCAGUUUCUCAACCUCCUCCAACCUCGCAGUCCGGACGUGCCCGGAAAAAACAGAAAGUGGCCGAGCCACAUUCCACGGCCCCGGGGGACGCCUCUGCCCGGACUCCUCCCCGACCAACAGGGGGGAUUGUCAUCCGCGAGCCGCAGACCGAAGCCGGCACGGGGGGCGCAUCCUCCUCCCAAGUGGCUCCGGCGUGGGAGCCAAAGUUCCUUCUGGAUGGCAAACCAUUGCCAUCAACGGCCUCUGUUCGGAUAUGGGAUAAGGGCGAGGGCGGCCGCAUUGCCCAAACCUUGGCCGGAGCUCUCCAACUUCCCGAGGACGUGCACGCCUUUGAGGACGGGUCCGAGGAGUCCGUGGGGCGCCGGUUAGAGUGGCACGCCAUUGCGGCCGCUCAACUAGCUCACAUUGUGGCUGCCCGGGCACGGGAGCUUGACGAGGAAAAUGAGCGCGAGAAGGCGGCGCGGGAGGCAGCAGUAAAAACGGCAAAGGAAAAGGCCAAGAUUGCUGAGUCUGCCGAGAAUAAGGCUGCUGCCGCGGAGAAGUUCCGAGCAUCUGCCGAACAGAGGUGUACUGACCUCCUGGCCAGGCAAAAUGAGACUGAACUUAAACUGGCCCAAGCCCUCAGUCUCAACACUUCUCAUGCCGAGGAGAUAGCUGACCUCAGGGCGGGCUUGGCGGCCGCGGAGCAGAAGUGGUACGACGUGGGCUUCGCCGACGCCGAGAACUUCGCAGAGCCGAGGGUUGAGACCUUGGGAAUUGCUGAAUUCCCAAUACUAGGCUGCAUCAGGAAUAGCAAAGUUGGGGUCAAAGAUACAACCUUUUCAUCAAGGUGGGGAUCUGGCAUUUUGUUAUCUAGGUUAUUUGGUAAUACAACUACAAGACAAGGAUAA